AGCACGUUUGUGAGAGAAGCUAUACAGUAUAUACUUAGCCAGGUUUAACAGUGGACAGCUUCAGGGAGAAUGAACUAGCUAACCGCAGCUAGCGCCUAACUGCUGCCAAUGGUUUCCCCCUCCCCUCCCAUAAAACUCCUGCAUUAUUCUAUGGUUCAAAAGGCCGUUGUGUCUCUUUCACUGCCUUGCACUGAGGACUCUGUCGUGGGCGGCGCAGUAAGAGAACUGUAUAGGAGGGGCUUAGGAAAGACAAAUGUGUCAUAAGUAACUAGCACAGGUCUGACCAGCCUAGUGGCUUAAUCCUUUUCAGGAAGGAGUGAUCUGUGCCGUUGUUUUCAGGAAGAUGCAGGCUUACAGACGCAGUUUCGUCCCGGGAAGCGCCGGCCGCCUCGCAGUCCUGCAGCGCCACCUCAGUGCGGUUCCAUUAUCAGGACAAGUUACAUCUGCAGUCUAUCCAUCUAAGUUUUGCUACACUUUAGAUAACAGACUUCUGACUACAGAACAAAGACAAUUCUAUGAGGAAAAUGGAUUUCUGGUCAUAAAGAACUUGGUUUCAGCUGUGGACAUUGAGUGCUUCCGAAAAGAGUUUGAGAGACUGUGCAAGAAAGAGGUGACAGUCCCUGGGCUACAGAUUAUGAGGGAUAUAGCAAUUGCCAAGUCUGAAUUUGUACCAGAACAAAAGGCUAUCACAAAGGUUCAGAACUUCCAGGAUGACCCUGAGCUAUUCAGAUAUUGUUCCCUGCCUCAGGUUGUUAAGUAUGUCGAAUGCUUUACAGGACCUAAUAUCAUGGCUAUGCAUACCAUGCUUAUAAACAAGCCACCUGAUGCAGGCAAGAAAAGUUCUCGCCACCCUAUGCACCAAGACUUGCAUUACUUCCCAUUCAGACCAUCAGAUCGCAUUGUUUGUGCUUGGACAGCCAUGGAAAGGAUUGACCGCAGCAAUGGCUGCCUUGUUGUAAUUCCAGGGACACACAAGGGAACGCUAAAGCAGCACGACUAUCCAGAAUGGGAGGGUGGAGUUAAUAAAAUGUACCAUGGUGUUCGUGACUUUGAUCUCAGUAUUCCCAGGGUCCAUCUUGUCAUGGAGAAGGGAGAUACUGUAUUCUUCCACCCCUUGCUUAUCCAUGGCUCUGGAAUGAAUAGAACAGCAGGAUUCAGAAAGGCAAUAUCUUGCCAUUAUGCCAGUGCAGACUGCCAUUAUAUUGAUGUAAAGGGGACCACCCAGGAGAACAUUGAGAAGGAGGUGGUGGAAUUGGCACAAAAGCGCUAUGGGUUAUCUGAUCUCACUCUGAAGGAUACUUGGAUGAUUAGGGCCCGGCUUAUAGAUGGAGAGAGAACAAACCUAUAAUUUGUUCUGCAAUUGGUGUUGAAAAGAAGAAAUUGAUCCUAAUGUCUAAUGUAAUUGCUGUUCAAUGUUACAAUGAAAAUGGGUUGCUGUGUUGCCACAAUAGCCUUAAAUGAUAAAUUAGGGGUUCUCUCAGUUGAUUGUUUUAGGGCCACAGUCACAUAUGGAUCCACUCUCAUCCGCAGCUAUGAUAGGCUGCACUGACAGGCACAGUGCUGACGUGACUGCAGCUACAGGAGCAUUUACAGGCUGAUCUAAGUGCAGCUACAUGGACCUGCGGAUAAAAUAGGAGCCACUUCUCUCCAGCUGCCUACAAAAACACAGGUGGAGAGAAGCAGAUGGUACACAACAUGUGACAGUGACCUUAAGAUUUGCUGGUAAUAAAUUAAUAUUAAAGAAUAAUAAUAAAUAAGAAUUUAUUCCACAUAAUUCACCUCUCAAAGCUGAUGCUAAAAUUCAGAACCAACUGACAGUACAAUGUCUGCCACUAAAAUCUAAGAUCUUAAGAAAUAUUUUACAUUUCUAAUAAAAUAUAUUUAGAAAGCUGCUGCAAUAUGCAUAAAGCAGAUUAUAUAUAAAAAUGCAUUUAACGAUGGUUAUUAGCUAUUCCCCAGCAUUUUAACACUUCCUCUGCUGUUGGUGCCUGACUGUAUAAUCUCUGUAGUUUUAUAUAACCAUUAAGGCAGAACGCACUGGAAAGAAAAUUUUCCUUGUGUCAGUAAUGUGUAACUAAAAACAAACUAAAAACUAAAACUACAGCAAAUCAUCAUAAACACUGAAUCGUAAAAUAUUGCUAAACACAGUGAUACUUAUUGUAUCAGUUGGUUGCACCCUAGAUGAAAAUAUCAUUGUAUUAUAUUCUAUAUAAAACAAAAUGUAAAAUUGUAAAUGUGUUUCAAAUAAAGCUCUAACAUCUUGUA